ACAGUGUUACUAUUCUCAGAUUCCGGCGUUACCCUGUCAUUUUCUCCGAUCCAUCCUCCUCUUCCCUCAUCCAUUCGCUCGCCUUUAUAUAUACCACCACACUUCCCAACUCAUUAUUCCUCCACCCCUCUCUCUAUCUCUCUCUCUCUGUCGUCAAAUGCUUGCUAGUUGCUAGGCGUGUUAGCGCGAGAAAGUGAUAGCGAGUGCUCUCUCAUCCAAAGUGUAGAGUGAGUUUCGCUUCCCUAUACUCUGUUUCCGGAGGAGAGAGAGUUUCCUUUCUUGGGUAUCAGCUGAUGAAUCUAGCUCUUCUGCCGGAGAUGCUCCGCCACCUGAGCCAUCCGCCGGUGAACCUAGUCGUCGCCGGGGAGUGCGCGGACGUGACGGUGCUGGAGAGGCAGCGCGCUCGCUUACAGUGGCUCCACGAGCAGCAGCAGCAGCUGCAGCUGCAGCUGGUGCAUAAGGGUCAUUUCGGCGGGGGCGAGUUUGCCGCCGGGUACGGCGAUGGGCUCGCGAUGAUGUGCAGCGGCGGCGGCGAGUCGGCGCUCGGCGAGGUCGUGAACCUGAACCGCCAUCUGAAGGACGACCCGGCCUUUCAAAACGGGUGUUCCGAGGCCGGCGGGUAUGAAAUGCCGGGUCUGGGUUUCGGGGCUUGCGGGUAUGGGGUUGGAACCGGUCCGGAGAUAAACGGCUCUAUUUCUCGGACUUCUAGCGGCCCUCCGCCGCCUGCGGCGGCGAUGGAUGCCGGCGGUGGAGAGCUGGCCUUGCCGGAGAAGGUUGGCUCCCAAGUCAGGAAGGAUAGCUUCAAGAAGAGGAAAUAUGACAAAGUAAAGAACUCAAAGCUCGAGGAUGAUCUCAAAGACAAGAAAUUCAAAGGAUCCACGGAAGAGGGGGAGUCGAAGAUAACAGAACAAACUAAUGACAAGAGCAGUAACAACAACAACAGAGAAACUUCUGCCAGCACUUCAAAGGAGAAUUCAAGAGUUUCGGAGGUCCAAAAGCCCGAUUAUAUCCAUGUCCGAGCUCGCCGAGGUCAAGCCACGGAUAGCCAUAGCUUAGCUGAGAGAGCGAGGAGGGAAAAGAUCAGUGAGAGGAUGAAGUACCUUCAGGAUUUAGUACCAGGGUGCAAUAAGAUAACUGGGAAGGCGGGAAUGCUCGAUGAAAUCAUCAACUAUGUUCAAUCUCUACAACGACAAGUCGAGUUCUUGUCCAUGAAACUAGCUGCUGUGACUACAAGAGUUGACUUCAACAUGGACCCCUUAUUUGCGAAAGAGAUGCUUCCCAACUGCACAGCCAGCUUCCCCGCAAUUGAUAUACCAACAGAUAUGAUUAAUGCUGCUGCCUAUCUUCAGUUUAAUCCAGCGCAUCAAGUGGUUUCAUGUCCGGUGACGGAGUCCGUGGUUAUUCCCAACGAGAAUGUUCAAAGAACGAUUGGCCCUCCAGCGGCGAUGGCCGAGACGUUUUUCGACCCAUCUUCCUUCGCUCCACUUCAGCCCUCCUCUGCUUGGAACUUUGAUGUACAAAGCAUUUAGUAUGGACUCAUAUCAAGGAAGAAGUACUAAUUUUGUCCCUGAGCAAUUUACAGGUUCGCUUGAGCCGUAAUCUAGAGAUGGAGAUGUGUGAUGAGCCUGAUGACACCGUUCACAAAACUAAAAAGAAAUUCAUUCCGAAGAUGCUCUGACCCAAAAUUCUUUUCUCUAUUUCUCAAAUAUACAGCAUGUAUAUUUUAUUUGUAAUCAUACUAUAUUGCUCAAAGUAUGAAUAAGAAUCACGACCAACCAUUUAAGCCC